AUGGAGUUGUCUGUCACGUUGAUUUUAGCGGGCCUUAUCAUUGCUUUGCUGUGGCUGUUUAGCGUGAAGAGCCGUAAACACAUGUGUUUACCUCCAGGACCGACUGGUCUGCCUAUCCUAGGAAACAUGCUACAGCUGGACAAAAGAGCUCCAUUCAAAACUAUGCUAAAGCUCAGUGAAAGCCAUGGUCCUGUGAUUACUAUAUACCUGGGCCUUCAACGCACUGUGGUCCUGGUGGGGUAUGAUGCUGUGAAAGAGGCACUGGUGGACCAAGCAGAUGACUUCACUGGCAGAUCACCUGUUCCUUUUUUGAUGAGAGUUACCAAGGGCUAUGGUUUGGGGAUCAGUAAUGGAGAGCGCUGGCGGCAGUUGCGAAGGUUCACCCUGACAACACUGAGAGACUUUGGGAUGGGACGUAAGGGGAUGGAGAAGUGGAUCCAGGAAGAGGGCAAACAUCUGGUGGACCGCAUAAAUAGUACCAAAGCCACACCUUUCGAUCCCACCUACUUCAUGAGCUGCGCCGUGUCCAAUGUGAUCUGCUGCUUGGUGUUUGGUCAACGCUUCAGCUAUGACGACAACAACUUCCUGUCUCUUCUGCAGAUAAUCUCAGAAACCCUGAAAUUUGGCAGUAGUCCCUGGGGUCAGCUUUAUAAUAUCUUCCCUUGGUUGAUGGAAUGGCUGCCAGGUCAACAGCACAAAGUGUUUGCCAACAUUGAAAAACUGAAAGAGUUUAUUAUGAAAAAGAUCCAGGAACACCAGGACACGCUGGACCCCAGCUCACACAGGGAUUACAUCGACUGCUUCCUCACUAGACUCAGUCAGGAAAAGCACAUGCCCACAACUGAGUUCCACUAUGACAACUUGGUGGCAACUGUGUUGAAUCUGUACCUGGCAGGAACUGAAACCACCAGCUCAACUCUAAGAUUUGCACUAAAUGUUCUAAUCAAAUACCCCAAAAUACAGGAGAAAAUGCAGCAGGAGAUUGUCGAUGUGAUUGGAAAGGAGCGUUGUCCACGUAUGGAGGACAGGAAGUCCCUCCCCUUUACAGAUGCAGCCCUCCAUGAAAUUCAGCGUUUUAUGGAUAUUGUCCCCAUGAGCAUCCCUCACUACGCACUGCAGGACAUCUCUUUCAGAGGUUACACAAUUCCCAAGUCUACGAUGAUCAUUCCCUUGUUGCACUCUGUGCUGAAAGGGGAAAAACAGUGGGCGACUCCUUGGUCCUUCAACCCACAGCACUUCCUGGACACAAAUGGCAACUUUAAGAAAAAUCCUGCAUUCCUGCCAUUCUCUGCAGGAAAGAGAGCUUGUGUCGGAGAGUCCCUCGCUCGCAUGGAGAUUUUCCUCUUCCUGGUGUCACUCCUGCAGCGUUUCACCUUUUCUUGCUCUGGAGGGCCUGACUCUGUAGAUCUCAGCCCCGAGACCAGCAGCUUUGCCCAUGUGCCUCGCAAGUACAAGAUCAUUGCGACUCCCCUUUUUUAAUGAUAUUUUACAGCAUAUUCCUGUGUUUUCUUCUGGCACUUACACAAUGUAGAAAACCCAGUGCUUUGUGGAACAAGUUACAGAUGUAAUCUAAACAUACUUGCUCAUUGCUUUAAAUAUUGUUACUUGUAUACAUGUGUCUGCUUCUUGAGUGCCUCAAGUGCCUUAUAUGUGAAAUAGAAAAAUGUGAACAUCUUCUCAGUAAAUAAUCUCAUGCUUUAGAUUGAAGCUUUUACUGAAUGUUUAAAAAAAAUUCUUUAUUCGAUCUUCUAUAUUAACUAAAAUCUAAAUUGAUCUCCCUGAGCAAUUGAAGUCCCUCAGUGGUAUAAUUCAUAUAAACCACAAUACAUAAAAUGCCUAAAUACAAGACGUUUGUCUUGCGGUAGUAAAGGCACACUUUAAGCAGGACAAAGCCACAGUAUCAUACUGUACUUAUGUGCAUCUCGCUUCUUUAAAAGGGUUAUGUUCAGAGACGCACACAACUCACUGCAGUAAAGUCCACUUUGCACUCUGUUCUCCCAAUGAGUCUCUUGCUAAGUUAUUAGUUACUGACUGGGCAGCUGCGCCUUAGAGCACAUGGGGCUGCCCAUUUCGCCACAAGGGGGCACUUGUACAACAGUUAACAGCCUUUCCAACUAUUAUCAUUGCUUUCUCCUGAAACUUCUCCAGAUCUUCCAAACAAGUGUCUUUUUGUAUUGGCUUGAGUUGUUUUGGAUGAUUUGUUAAGUGUUUUUUGCUUUCCUCACGUGUGUGUGUGUGUGUGUGUGUGUGUGUGUGUGUGGGUGUGUUUUUGUUGUUUUGAAGAUAAAUGUAUAAAAAUAAAGUCCACAUGAUAAAAACUGUUGGGUUGCAUUUAUUAAUUCUAUAUUUUAAUGAUGACAUGUAUAAAAAAAUAAACAUUAGGAAAUUGUGAUUUAUUGACCAUCUUGUUAAAUGGGUUAACCCUAAACAUGUUGUACAUACUUUGUUGCCUAAACAAUUAGGUACACAAAAGAAGGAAAACGGCACUUUUAUCCAAGUAAUGAUGGCACACGGGUGACUUUCAUUUAAUAUUUUAUAAAGAUGUGAAAAUGCAGUACCCAUG